UACAUUUCCACGCAAGGGCGUUUUAACUCGAAGUAUUUUUUUCCAGGUCAUCCAUCCCGGAAAACUGGUUGUUGGUUUUGUUUACGGCUCGACCAAACUGUAUAACUUCCUUCACGAUAACCCUCUCAUCGAGUUUGGUGACAUCCAAUGGGUGAACGAUCCGGCUAUCAUUCGUCAAAAUCCUAAAGUAACCGCAAUCAACUCUGCCGUUGAAAUUGACCUUACUGGACAAGUCGUUUCCGACUCGGUAGGAAAGCGUUUCUUGUCCGGUUUUGGUGGUCAAGUAGACUUCAUCCGUGGUGCUGCCCUUUCCGAUGAUGGUCUCGGCAAGCCGAUCAUUGCUCUUCCGUCGAUGUCCAAGAAAGGUAUCAGUAAAAUCGUGCCAUACAUCAAUGAGGGUGCUGGCGUUGUAACAACGCGAUCUCAUGUACACUACGUUGUGACUGAAUACGGUAUCGCUCAACUCUGGGGAAAGAACAUGCGACAACGAGCUUAUGAACUGAUCAAGAUAGCUCAUCCUUCCAAACGUGAAGAACUUGAGAAAGCCGCUUUUGAAAGGUUAAAGGUAAGAGAUCCUUAAAC